AUGAAGUUCCACUAUAGCCUUGGUUUCCUUUUUGCUAUCAGCGGAGUGGCUUCGGCCAUCCCUGUGGCCGAUCUCUCUGCUGAACUCGACCUAGUUCCUCGUGAGUUGGUUGAAUAUGGCUUGAAUGAGGUCGAGGUUCGCUCUCUGAAUGAAGCAAACAUUCUUGAGGCACGGAUAAACUGCAGGAAGAUUAAUAGGACCAUUGUCCGUAUUGGUACCAGCGCUGCCGUGUCCGCAAUCAUCCACUUGUCUACCGACUUGGCCAAGCAGGUCUGCGAGGGUGAAGGCGCCCCCAAAUGCGCAAGAUAUGUCGGCUAUGUGCAGUCUGGACUGGACAUAAUCUUCCUCGCAAUUGGCUAUGCUCAUGGCUCAGUCGGUACAUCUUCUACCAAUGAGCAAUCCAGUUUCGAUCCUGGUCCUGUGCGUCGUGACAUUUCUACACAGAACUCCUUCGCAGACGGCCUCAACGAUGCUCUUCAGAAUGAUGGAUGGAAAUAUGGCCUUUUAGAGAAUGUCGAUAUCUCUAGUCUGAACGUCGGAAAACGCGGCUCUGAUCCCAAGCUGAUUCACCGCUUAAUCGCACGAAAUAUGACAUACGACGACCAAGGUAACACCUCUGAUGUCGGGCUCAAUUAUUUCGACAACGGUGAUAUCAACCUGGACUUUGCUGGCGACUUUGGCACGCUUCCUACCGGAAGUGGCCAGUCGAACGUUCAGAAACGUUUCAACGGUGCUGGAUUUAAGAUCUCUACCACUACCCGUGUUCAGUCGAGGUUGACUCGCCCUCAUGAGAGGUCGAUGGCUCACUCCAUUGCACUGGAUUGGGCGUCUGAUGCCAACUCGUAUGCGAUGUCGGAUUAUAUUGGACUUGUCAAGACUGGUCACACCGCCAACUUCUACUUCCGUAUCAUUCCUGAGACGAAGGGAUUUGGACUGAACUAUGAAUCUGUCAAUAUUUGCGGCCAGUUGGCCGGAUACCUGUAA